GCCCUGCAGCGGCUGCGCACCACGGAGGGCGAGGCUGCCCCGGCGCGCUUCGAGGGCGCUUUCCUGGCGGCCCUCGCCGCGCUGAGGGCAACGUGCUUCGCGCAGGCGAACAUGCACAUCUAUAUCAGCGUCCGUGCGUCCAGGUGGCUCGGGGACAUCCAGGUCAACUCGCCUGUGCUUCCGGCAGAGGAGGCCCUGCAGCUGCGCGAGGAGCUGCUGCAAGCCCGUGCCCAGGGCUGGGAGCCUUUCCGCAAGGCGUGGGUCCAGUUGCUGCAGGUGGUUUCCUGGUCGACGCACCCGUACUCCGGGUGCGGGGCUUCGCUGGGGUGGGCGUCGGUGUCCCCCGGAGGCGGGGAGGCCGAUCUCUCGGCCGCCACGGUGCGCUCCGUGGUCGGAGCACGCUCCCCUGCGGCGAGCAGGAACGACGUGCCACAGUUUCUCGGUCCUGCGCGCUGCUGCCCGCGCAUGUGGAAGACUGCCGCCAGCUGGCACGCUUUCUCCUGCACUGUCCUCGCUUUCCUGUGCCCUGGUCUGGACAUGCGCCUCCGUCCGUUCACGCUGCUGCCGCUGGAGUCUGUCAUGCUGUUGAUCACGGUUGUGUUGUUGCCGCCCGUCAUGUUGCUCACGAUGCGUUGCUGGGCUUCCGUCCUGUCGCUCGCGGUCAUGCUGCUGGAGUCCCUCGUGGUGCUCCGGAUGCUGAUGCUUGAGUCCACGGUGGCGUUGCUGGAGUCAGUCGUGCUGCUCACGGACGCGAUGCUGGGGUCUGUCGUGUUGCUCACGAUGGUGGUCUUUGAAUCCGUCCUGCUGCCCGCGGUCGUGCUGCUGCAUUCCGUCCUGCUGCUCACGAUGGUGUUGCUGAAGUCCUCGACGCUGCUGGCUGUCGUGCUGCUGGAGUCCGUAAUGCUGCUCAAAAUGGUGUGGUUGGGGUCCGCCGUGCUGCUCACGGACGAGGUGCUGGGGUUCGUCGUGUUGCUCACGAUGGUGUUGCUGGAGUCUGUCCUGCUGCUCGCUGUCUUGCAGCUCGGGUCCAUGGUGCUGCUUGCGAUGAUGCCGCUGAAGUCCGCAAUGCUGCUGACGGUUGUGAUGCUGGAGUCCGUCGUGCCGCUCACGAUGGUGCUGCUGGAGUCCGUCAUGCUGCUCGCGAUCUUGCUGCUGGAAUCCGUCGUGCCGCUCACGCUGCUGCUGCUGCUGGAGCCCACCAUAGCCUACGGACGUACCGCUGUGUCGUGCUGCUGGAGUCCCUCGUGGUACUCCGGGUGCUGA